AUGCUCAACAAGGGAGCAGGGCAAUGGACACCAUUCACGGGCCAAAAGCAAGCUGAGGAAUCUGAUGGCGCAACACUUGUCUGUGGCUACCCCCUUGCGCUCUUAUUAAACCCACACUCAACCCUCCUUCCCAUUGACCAACAUCUAAGACAACAAAUUGUGCACUAUCUCACAACUUCAUUUGAGAUACUGUCCGACGUAGCCAAGGAGCUUAUUCCUGACAAGCUGGAGCAGUGGGGACGUCUUUGGAUUGGGAACGGGGGCAAUGAGGUUCAUGCACAUGGGUAUCACAAGCUGCGUUCCAACAGAAGGGAUGCAGCAUUUGUUUGCUACAAGCUUAUGGUAGACCAGGACGCCAACCUAGUCUUGGCAAACAAACGCCUUGAAGAGGAAAGUCAAUAUGGCAAACUCCGGCAUGUAUUUGUUGUGACAAUCCCGCCAAAAACCCCCAACAUCAACCCAAGCCGCAAGAAGAAUCAAUACCUAUUGCUUGCACAAAUAUACAAAGCACCGGUUGAGAGCGACAAAAUAGAAGGCAAGAAGCUCAUCUGGUACAAGGGUAAAUUGGGUACGGGUGAGGUUGUUGACGUUUCAACUAUCCAGUGUGCGGUCGGACGCAUAAAGGAUGGUAAUAGAUGGUGGAUAGUUGACAGGAGCGCUGAUAAUACCUUUGCUUACCCAGAAUUUAUAGAUUAA